CCCGGCGACUAGGUGAAGGUGAGAGUCUCCUCCAGCGCCGCGGCCAGACCAACCCAGAGGCUCCCGGCGCAGGCUGCAGGCUCUCAGCCAAGUCCUACUCUCUAGCUAUGGCGCGGCCGUCAAUCUUUGCUGAGGUCCCGCAGGCUCAGCCCGUCCUUGUCUUUAAGCUCACUGCUGACUUCCGGGAGGAUCCGGACCCCCGCAAGGUCAACCUGGGAGUGGGAGCUUAUCGUACAGAUGAUUGCCAGCCCUGGGUUCUGCCUGUAGUGAGGAAGGUGGAGCAGAAGAUUGCCAAUGACAAUAGCCUAAACCAUGAGUACCUGCCCAUCCUGGGCCUGGCCGAGUUCCGGACCUGUGCUUCCCGCCUUGCUCUUGGGGAGGACAGCCCAGCAAUCAAGGAGAAUCGGGUAGGAGGUGUGCAGUCUUUGGGGGGAACGGGUGCACUUCGAAUCGGAGCCGAGUUCCUAGCGCGGUGGUACAAUGGAACAAACAACAAGGACACGCCCGUCUAUGUGUCCUCGCCUACGUGGGAGAACCAUAAUGCUGUGUUUGCCGCUGCUGGAUUUAAAGACAUUCGAUCCUAUCACUAUUGGGAUGCAGCAAAAAGAGGACUUGACCUUGAGGGCUUCCUGAAUGAUCUGGAGAAUGCUCCCGAGUUCUCCAUCUUUGUCCUCCACGCCUGCGCACACAACCCCACCGGGACUGACCCCACCCCGGAGCAGUGGAAGAAGAUCGCUGUUGUCAUGAAGCGCCGGUUUCUGUUCCCCUUCUUUGACUCAGCCUAUCAGGGCUUCGCCUCUGGAGACCUGGAGAAAGACGCCUGGGCUGUUCGCUAUUUUGUGUCUGAAGGAUUCGAGCUCUUCUGUGCGCAGUCCUUCUCCAAGAACUUCGGGCUCUACAACGAGCGAGUGGGGAAUCUGACCGUGGUUUCCAAAGAGAGCGACAGCAUCCUGCGGGUCCUUUCCCAGAUGGAGAAGAUCGUGCGGAUUACCUGGUCCAAUCCCCCCGCGCAGGGAGCACGAAUCGUGGCCUGCACCCUCUCCAGCCCUGAGCUCUUUAAGGAAUGGAAAGGUAACGUGAAGACGAUGGCCGACCGGAUUCUGACUAUGAGGUCUGAGCUCAGGUCACGAUUAGAAUCCCUCAAGACCCCCGGGACCUGGAACCACAUCACCGAUCAAAUUGGGAUGUUCAGCUUCACGGGGUUGAACUCCAAACAGGUGGAGUAUCUGGUCAACGAGAAGCACAUCUACCUUCUGCCCAGUGGUCGGAUCAACAUGUGCGGUUUAACCACUAAGAAUCUAGAUUAUGUGGCCUCCUCCAUCCAUGAAGCAGUCACCAAGAUCCAGUGAGGAAACACCGCCCCAACCAGCAGCACCAAAGCGGUCCUUUGCCCUGCGUGUCCCCUGCCUGCACAGAUCUAGUUGUAUAUAUUGUACGUUAGAGACUGCCGAGGGACCCAAGGGGCUGCUGUCACAGGUGGCCUCUGUUUAAACUGGCCCAGGUGAAGAGAAUAUCCAUGGAAGAGAAGUAGGACCCUGGGAUUAGAGCCCUUUUGGAAGCCAGAGCAAUGAAGGUUAUUAUUUAAGAAGAAUUAAAAGGUACUUUGAUCAUGAGA